AUGAUCUUGCGACUGGUGUUCGCAGAUUAUGACGAAGAAAGGGCUGAAUUAGAAUUACAUAUUCGGCUGCAUAUCAUCUGGACUGACUCAUUUCUCACGUGGAAACCGAGUGACUUCGAUGGGAUAGAAUCCAUGAGAGUGAAGACAAGUGAAAUAUGGAAACCCGAGAUAUAUUCGUUGAAUCCAAAAGAUGCGGAAAUGUCGGCAAUCCCCGAUUCAUUCUGCGCAUUGAACAACGACGGAAAAGUCAGUUGUAGACCGGCCAGAGUCUUCGUCGCCCCCUGCGAGUCUAAUUACACGCACUGGCCUUAUGAUACUCACAGGUGCACUAUAAAGAUCGGUGCGCCAACGUACACCAGUAAUGAAGUAUCCGCGGGAAAGGGAAAGUCCGGGAUUUUCGUCAGACACUACAAUAGCCACCCGCAGUGGAGAAUCUCCAUUGGAGAUGUCAGACACAGCACAACUAGAUCGAAGAUAUCUAAGGGGAAUACUUUCGAGAAUAUUGGGGUGUCGUUCCUGCUGAACAGACCGUACACGUCGCUCAAGGGCGUCAUGAUUUCUCCAGCGAUAAUUCUGACUGUUGUGACACUAACUGCUCUCUGGCUGAGACCAGGCUCCACCGAACGCCUGGUCCUGUCUUGCCUCAACCUCCUAGGGCAUUUGUUCACUCUUCGCAACGUUCACUUCAGCAUGCCUGACACUGGAACAACAGUUCCAAACAUCUUGAUCUUCUACACGAAUUCCCUCGUCCUCUCGACGAUCGCAUUGGUACUGACCUGCUGGCUUCAGAGGCUCCUCGAGGCUGAACGAGAAGUGCCCGCUUGGGUGGCUAGACCGGUCUCAGCCAUCCUCUCGAGCACACCUGGACAAUUCUUCUCGAUGGGCCUCAUGGAACCCAGAGCUGCUGCUCUCCUCACAGAUGACGAUGACACCAGCAGUCUUGUGGAUUGCGAAUCGAAGAAAACUAAUUGGGAGAGCGUUGUUACUGUCAUCGGCUGGAUUUCCUUCGCCAGUUUUAUUUUUGUUUAUGUCGUUAUGGCUGCUGUUCUGCUUCGAUAAGUUUUGAAGGGGAAUUCUGUAGGAGUUCGGGUUUUGCACAAUUUUUUUUCAUUAUUAUUUUAUACUAUUAAUAACUUUUUGAAUAAUUUUGGGAUUUUUUUUAUCAAGCGACAGCUCCACUGAAAUUUCAAGAAGUUUCGUAAUUGAAAACUCUAUUCUAUGAAAAUAAACGAAAACGGUGAAAUUUCAGGUACUUAUAUUGUUGAAUUGUGGAUGAAUUGAAAGUUCAGUGUAAUUUAUUCAUAAAAUUGAUGUUUUGUUCUUUAAACAACUACUAAAUAAUUGGGAAUUCUAUGAUUUUUGCCCUUCUAAAUCAGAUUUUAAGUGAAUCUCCAAAAAAUUAGUACUAAAAUGUCCAUUAAAUUUCAAUUUUAUUCUAACUAUGAA